AUGACGACGCUCGUGGCCACCCGGACAUCGCCGCUUGACCUGAGCAUGAGCAACCAACCCGACCGCCGGACGGGCAAGCGUCUAGCGGGUGAGCAGGGCCCAGGCGGCCGCGCGGCGACAAAGACGACGACGAUGCUAAUUAGAGAACGCGCAGCCGCGGAGGACUUUGAAGACGACGAUGGAUUCGUGUUUACGCGCAAGCCGAAGAAGGCGAGGACGGACGAGGUGGCGGCGACGGCUACGGCGCCGGUGAGGAGAUCGCCGCGCAACAAGCCUGCGGCGGGGGAGAGGAGCACUGCUGCUACGACGACGACGAAGACAACGAUAGCAGCAGCAGCAUCGACUUCGCAGAGGAGGACGGGCACGGCGGCGGCGUCGCCGUCGCGCGACGCGGACCGUACGAGGAGGGAAGCGAGCGCCGGACGCGCCACCGCCAGCAGCAGCGACCCCAAGACGAGCCGACGCGGCGAUGCUGACGACAAGCCGCGGCGUCCAGAGCGAAGUACGCUGCAGUCGCCUCCGCGCGGCACGACGACGAUUACGCUACCGACGAGCGACACGCCGGUGAUUGCCCGCAACAAGGAGAUGCGCAAAAAGGCCGCCGAGGGCACCGGCAGCGGCAACAGCAGUAGCAGCAGCAGCAGCCACCGGCGCAGCUCGUUUGAGAUGCGCGGCCGAAGGGCCAGCUCGCUGAUCGAGAGCGGGCAGACGGCGAUGCCGCAUCGCGACGUGGACGCGCGCGACUUUUACAAGCACAUCGCCGCGGACGGGCUGUCGGAGCCGCUGCGCAUGAAGCAGCUGCUGACGUGGUGCGGCGCGAGGGCACUGCCGGAGAAGCCGAAGCAGGGCGUGCCGAGCACGGAUCCGUCGCUGGGAGCGCGGGCGAUCUUGGACGAGUUGACAAAGGAAUUCUCGACGAGGCCCGAGUUCUAUAACUGGUUCGGGAGAGACGAGAGUGUAGCGCCAGCGACGAGGGUGCUGAAACCGAAUCCCAGAAACAUGGAGCUGGAUAAGAAGAUGGCUUCCUUGGAAGCUCGAAUACAAAGACUACGAGAAGAAAAGAACGCCUGGUUAUCAAUACAAAAACCAUCCGCCGACCAGCCCCAACUAUUCCCUCUCUCCGACGACACCACGCAAGAAACACCACCACCGCCGCCGCAACUCCCCGCCGUCGAGCUCCUCGACGCCGACGAGGGCCGAGUCCACCGGUAUCUCGCCUCGGAGCUGGAGCCGCUGACGCAGGCGCGAACGCGGGCGCGGGCGCGCCUGCGCGCCGCGCGCGGGAGCGCGGGCACGCGCGACAUGCCCGUCAUGGAGGUCCUGCGUGGCCUGGGCAGGCUGCUCCCGGAAGGGGGCGGCGGUUCUGGGUCGUGA